CGCAUAUAUAUUUUCAGAAAGGCGUACACGCCAUUGUCUCCCUCCUCUUCCUCCUCCUCCUUAUUUCAGAAGAACGUUUUUACGCAGACAGAGAAAUCAGAUUUCUCCAUCAAAGCAUCUGUUUGGUUGAAGAAAUUGUAUCGGGUAAAAGGAGAAUUAAGUUAAGUUGACGGACGGAAAUAUGCUUGACCUCGUCAUCACCAUGCCCACGAUCAUAUUUGGGUAUGCAUACCCUAUAUUUCAGUGCUACAAAAUCAUGGAGCAUAAAAUCAUCGACAUUCACCAACUUAAAUUUUGGUGUCAAUAUUGGAUUCUCGUGACAAUUUUGGAAAAAGUUGGCGACGUAUUUCUUUCAUGGCUCCCAAUGUACGGUCUAGUGAAGAUGGCAGUUUUAAUCUGCUUGUGGCACCCGACAACCCAGAAAAUUACAGCACAUGCAUAUGAAAACCUGCUGCGUCCUUGCCUCGCGAAGCAUGAAAAAGACAUUGAUGGUGUAAUGAAGGAAUUUGGGUCCAGAGGAGUUCGGUCUUGGCUGCGAUUAUUUGGGGAAUUAAUAUGGAAGACGCAGGUUGCAUGAGGUUUACUAGCUAUACGGAAACGAUCAAGAUCGUGUCUUAAUUUUUUGGAUCGUUGAAAUUAAGAGGCUCACGUUACUGAUGAUGUACAGAUUGAAUUAUUAUUAUUUUUUGUUAUUUUAAAAAUAUAAUUUACGAAUUCGUCGCUGGUCAUAUUAAAAUGAUC